ACCCUCGUUCCGGGCUCCAGCGGCCGGCCUAGCCUCGCGGUGGGGUCCGGAGAGCGGACAGGCGAGCGCGCGGGAGGGAGCGCGAGCUGGAGCGCGAGGAGGAGUAGUAGGAAGAGGCCGCCCGGCCCGCGCCGCCGCAGCCAUGGCGGAGCGUCGCGCCUUCGCGCAGAAGAUCAGCAGAACGGUUGCUGCUGAAGUUAGAAAGCAGAUCUCUGGACAGUACAGUGGUUCCCCCCAGCUGCUCAAAAACCUCAACAUAGUUGGCAAUAUAUCCCACCACACCACAGUGCCCCUUACGGAAGCAGUCGAUCCUGUGGAUUUGGAAGAUUACCUCAUCACUCACCCCUUAGCUGUGGAUUCUGGGCCUCUUCGGGAUUUGGUUGACUUUCCUCCAGAUGACAUUGAAGUUGUGUAUAGUCCUAGGGACUGCAGGACCCUUGUUUCAGCUGUGCCUGAAGAAAGUGAAAUGGAUCCACAUGUUAGAGAUUGUAUAAGAAGUUACACAGAAGACUGGGCAAUUGUGGUCAGAAAAUACCAUAAACUGGGAACAGGAUUUAACCCCAACACGCUGGAUAAACAGAAAGAAAGACAAAAAGGACUGCCCAGACAAGUCUUUGAAUCUGAUGAGGCCCCAGACGGCAACAGCUACCCGGAUGAGCAAGAUGACCUUAAAAGACGUUCGAUGUCAAUAGAUGAUACUCCAAGGGGUAGCUGGGCCUGCAGUAUCUUUGACUUAAAAAAUUCACUUCCUGAUGCCUUGCUUCCUAAUUUACUUGAUCGAACUCCAAAUGAAGAAAUAGAUCAUCAGAAUGAUGACCAAAGAAAAUCAAACCGCCACAAGGAGCUGUUUGCUUUACACCCGUCUCCAGAUGAGGAAGAACCAAUAGAACGGCUUAGUGUUCCUGAUGUGCCCAAAGAGCAUUUUGGACAAAGACUUCUUGUGAAAUGUUUAUCACUCAAGUUUGAAAUUGAAAUUGAGCCCAUUUUUGCAAGUUUGGCUUUAUAUGACGUCAAGGAGAAGAAGAAAAUUUCAGAGAAUUUUUAUUUUGACCUUAAUUCAGAACAGAUGAAGGGACUGUUACGGCCACAUGUACCUCCUGCUGCCAUUACCACUCUGGCAAGAUCAGCCAUUUUUUCUAUAACUUAUCCUUCCCAAGAUGUUUUUCUUGUGAUAAAGCUAGAAAAAGUCCUACAGCAAGGAGACAUUGGGGAGUGUGCAGAACCAUAUAUGAUUUUCAAAGAAGCUGAUGCCACCAAGAAUAAGGAAAAAUUGGAGAAGCUGAAAAGUCAAGCCGACCAGUUUUGCCAAAGACUUGGGAAAUACCGCAUGCCCUUUGCUUGGACUGCGAUCCAUUUAAUGAAUAUUGUUAGCAGUGCUGGCAGCUUAGAGAGAGACUCCACCGAAGUCGAGAUCAGUACUGGAGAACGAAAGGGUUCUUGGUCAGAGAGGAGAAAUUCUAGUCUUGUUGGUCGACGGUCCCUUGAGAGGACAGCCAGUGGCGAUGAUGCUUGCAACCUGACCAGCUUCCGGCCUGCCACCCUCACUGUGGCAAACUUUUUUAAGCAGGAAGGAGACCGCUUAAGCGAUGAGGAUUUGUACAAGUUUCUUGCUGAUAUGAGAAGGCCAUCUUCUGUCUUACGGAGGCUGAGACCAAUUACAGCUCAGCUGAAGAUAGACAUCUCUCCUGCACCUGAAAAUCCCCAUUACUGCCUAACCCCAGAGCUGCUUCAGGUGAAGCUCUACCCCGACAGCCGAGUCAGGCCCACCAGAGAAAUUUUAGAAUUUCCUGCCAGGGAUGUCUAUGUUCCAAACACGACUUACAGAAAUCUUCUCUACAUUUACCCUCAAAGUCUUAAUUUUGCCAACCGUCAAGGCUCUGCCAGAAACAUCACAGUGAAAGUCCAGUUUAUGUAUGGGGAAGACCCGAGCAAUGCAAUGCCGGUAAUCUUUGGUAAAUCUAGCUGUUCAGAAUUUUCAAAGGAAGCCUAUACAGCCGUAGUAUAUCAUAACAGGUCUCCUGAUUUUCACGAGGAAGUCAAGGUCAAACUCCCCGCCACGUUAACCGACCAUCACCACCUGCUCUUUACUUUUUAUCAUGUUAGUUGUCAACAGAAACAAAACACUCCUCUUGAAACCCCAGUUGGAUAUACUUGGAUACCAAUGCUGCAGAAUGGACGGUUGAAGACGGGGCAGUUCUGCCUGCCAGUCUCACUGGAAAAACCACCGCAGGCUUACUCAGUGCUUUCUCCUGAGGUUCCUCUACCAGGUAUGAAGUGGGUGGACAACCACAAAGGAGUAUUUAAUGUUGAAGUUGUUGCUGUUUCAUCCAUUCACACACAAGACCCUUAUCUUGACAAAUUCUUUGCUCUUGUCAAUGCUCUGGAUGAACACAUGUUCCCGGUUCGAAUUGGGGACAUGCGGAUCAUGGAAAACAACUUAGAGAGUGAACUGAAGAGCAGCAUUUCAGCCUUGAAUUCCUCACAGCUGGAACCAGUAGUUCGGUUUCUUCAUCUUCUGCUUGAUAAACUCAUACUUUUAGUUGUUAGACCUCCUGUGAUUGCUGGCCAAAUAGUUAAUCUAGGGCAAGCAUCCUUUGAAGCUAUGGCAUCAAUUAUAAAUCGACUUCAUAAAAACUUAGAAGGAAAUCAUGACCAGCACGGCAGAAACAACCUUCUGGCAUCAUAUAUCUAUUAUGUGUUCCGCCUGCCAAAUACAUACCCUAAUUCUCCGUCACCAGGUCCCGGGGGUCUGGGAGGAUCAGUGCAUUAUGCCACAAUGGCAAGAUCUGCAGUGAGACCCGCAAGCCUUAACUUAAAUCGUUCUCGAAGCCUUAGCAACAGUAAUCCAGAUAUAUCUGGGACUCCCACAUCACCAGAUGAUGAAGUUCGGUCAAUCAUCGGCAGUAAGGGUUUAGAUCGCUCCAAUUCCUGGGUUAACACUGGUCCAAAAGCUGCCCCAUGGGGAUCCAACCCCAGUCCAAGUGCAGAGUCAACACAGGCUGUGGAUCGAAGUUGUAAUCGUAUGUCUUCGCACACAGAGACGUCAAGUUUCUUACAAACAUUAACGGGACGCUUACCAACUAAAAAGCUCUUUCACGAGGAGCUGGCUCUGCAGUGGGUCGUUUGCAGUGGCAGCGUGCGGGAAUCGGCUUUGCAGCAAGCCUGGUUCUUUUUUGAGUUGAUGGUCAAGAGCAUGGUGCACCACUUGUACUUUAAUGAUAAGCUCGACGCUCCGAGGAAAAGCCGUUUCCCAGAGCGUUUUAUGGAUGAUAUUGCUGCCCUGGUUAGCACAAUUGCUGGUGAUGUUGUGUCACGGUUUCAGAAGGAUACAGAAAUGGUUGAGAGACUCAAUACAAGCCUUGCCUUCUUUCUCAAUGAUCUGCUGUCGGUUAUGGACCGAGGGUUUGUCUUUACCCUUAUAAAGUCCUGCUACAAACAGGUGUCAGCGAAGCUUUAUUCACUACCAAAUCCAAGUGUCCUGGUGUCCCUGAGGUUGGACUUUUUGCGAAUCAUCUGCAGCCACGAGCACUAUGUUACAUUAAACUUACCCUGCAGCUUGCUCACCCCGCCUGCAUCUCCGUCACCUUCUGUUUCUUCUGCAACAUCUCAGAGCUCUGGAUUUUCCACCAAUGUGCAGGACCAGAAGAUCGCAAAUAUGUUUGAGUUGUCCUUACCCUUCCGCCAGCAGCAUUACCUGGCAGGCCUGGUGUUGACAGAGCUCGCACUCAUUUUAGACCCCGAUGCUGAAGGACUGUUUGGGUUGCAUAAGAAAGUCAUCAACAUGGUACACAACUUACUGUCCAGUCACGACUCUGACCCACGGUACUCUGACCCUCAGAUAAAGGCUCGGGUGGCCAUGUUGUACCUUCCUCUGAUUGGUAUUAUCAUGGAAACUGUGCCUCAGCUGUAUGAUUUUACAGAAACACACAACCAGCGAGGAAGACCGAUUUGCAUAGCCCCCGAUGAUUAUGACAGUGAGAGUGGGAGCAUGAUAAGCCAGACCGUUGCCAUGGCAAUUGCAGGAACAUCUGUCCCUCAGCUCACAAGACCUGGCAGUUUUCUCCUCACAUCAACGAGUGGCAGGCAGCACACCGUGACCUUCUCCGCAGAAUCAAGCCGGAGCCUUUUGAUCUGUCUGCUUUGGGUUCUCAAGAACGCAGAUGAAACAGUUCUGCAGAAAUGGUUUACAGACCUCUCAGUCCUCCAGCUGAACCGGCUGUUAGAUCUGCUUUACCUGUGUGUAUCUUGCUUUGAAUACAAAGGGAAAAAAGUAUUUGAAAGAAUGAAUAGUUUAACCUUUAAGAAAUCAAAAGACAUGAGAGCCAAGCUUGAAGAAGCCAUUCUGGGGAGCAUCGGUGCCAGGCAGGAAAUGGUACGGCGGAGCCGAGGACAACUUGAGAGAAGCCCAUCUGGAAGUGCCUUUGGGAGCCAAGAAAACCUGCGGUGGAGAAAGGAUAUGACUCACUGGCGUCAGAACACAGAGAAACUUGAUAAGUCAAGAGCAGAGAUAGAACAUGAAGCACUGAUUGAUGGGAACCUGGCUACUGAAGCAAACCUCAUUAUCUUAGACACGCUAGAGAUCAUCGUCCAGACUGUCUCUGUAACAGAAUCCAAAGAGAGCAUUCUGGGUGGUGUGCUGAAAGUGCUGCUGCAGAGCAUGGCCUGCAACCAAAGCGCAGUGUAUCUGCAGCACUGCUUUGCCACACAGAGGGCCCUGGUCUCAAAGUUUCCUGAGCUCUUGUUUGAGGAAGAGACAGAGCAGUGUGCAGAUCUCUGCCUCCGGCUUCUCCGACAUUGCAGCAGCAGCAUCAGUACAAUCCGGUCACAUGCUAGUGCCUCCCUUUACCUCCUCAUGAGGCAGAACUUUGAGAUCGGGAAUAACUUUGCCAGAGUAAAAAUGCAAGUCACAAUGUCACUGUCCUCAUUGGUGGGUACAUCUCAGAAUUUCAAUGAAGAAUUCUUAAGACGCUCUCUAAAAACUAUUUUGACAUAUGCUGAAGAAGAUCUAGAAUUGAGGGAAACCACAUUUCCUGAUCAGGUCCAAGAUCUGGUUUUCAAUCUCCACAUGAUCCUUUCUGACACCGUUAAGAUGAAGGAACAUCAGGAGGACCCGGAAAUGCUGAUCGACCUCAUGUACAGAAUCGCUAAGGGCUACCAGACAUCUCCAGACCUGCGCCUGACCUGGCUGCAGAACAUGGCUGGCAAGCACUCUGAACGAAGCAAUCAUGCGGAGGCCGCUCAGUGCCUGGUGCACUCAGCAGCCCUUGUCGCUGAGUACCUGAGCAUGCUGGAAGACCGCAAGUACCUCCCUGUCGGAUGUGUGACAUUCCAGAAUAUUUCAUCUAAUGUAUUAGAAGAGUCUGCUGUCUCAGAUGAUGUGGUAUCUCCAGAUGAGGAAGGCAUUUGCUCUGGCAAGUACUUCACUGAGUCAGGACUCGUGGGUUUACUGGAACAAGCGGCUGCUUCCUUCUCUAUGGCGGGCAUGUAUGAAGCAGUUAAUGAGGUUUACAAAGUACUCAUUCCUAUUCAUGAAGCUAAUCGGGAUGCAAAGAAGCUCUCCACCAUCCAUGGCAAACUCCAGGAAGCCUUCAGCAAGAUCGUGCACCAGAGUACUGGCUGGGAGCGGAUGUUUGGCACCUAUUUCCGUGUUGGUUUUUAUGGAACCAAGUUCGGGGAUUUGGAUGAACAGGAGUUUGUUUACAAGGAGCCUGCCAUAACCAAACUCGCGGAGAUCUCUCACAGACUGGAGGGAUUCUAUGGAGAAAGAUUUGGAGAGGAUGUGCUUGAAGUAAUCAAGGACUCUAAUCCUGUAGACAAGUGUAAAUUAGAUCCAAACAAGGCGUACAUUCAGAUCACCUACGUGGAGCCAUUCUUCGACACCUAUGAGAUGAAGGAUAGAAUCACUUAUUUUGACAAAAAUUAUAAUCUCCGCCGUUUCAUGUACUGUACGCCCUUCACGUUAGAUGGCCGAGCCCAUGGGGAGCUUCAUGAACAAUUCAAACGGAAGACCAUUCUGACAACAUCUCAUGCCUUUCCUUACAUUAAAACAAGAGUCAACGUCACUCACAAAGAAGAGAUAAUCUUAACACCAAUUGAAGUUGCUAUCGAAGACAUGCAGAAAAAGACACAGGAAUUGGCGUUUGCAACACAUCAGGAUCCAGCAGACCCCAAAAUGCUUCAAAUGGUCCUCCAGGGGUCUGUAGGAACAACUGUGAACCAGGGACCUCUCGAGGUCGCCCAGGUCUUCCUGUCUGAGAUACCUGGGGACCCAAAGCUCUUCAGACAUCACAACAAGCUGCGCCUUUGCUUCAAGGACUUUACUAAAAGGUGUGAGGAUGCCUUAAGAAAAAAUAAGAGCUUAAUUGGGCCAGAUCAAAAGGAGUAUCAAAGAGAACUGGAGAGAAAUUACCAUCGCCUUAAAGAGGCUCUGCAGCCACUGAUAAACAGAAAAAUUCCUCAGCUGUACAAGGCUGUGUUGCCUGUCACUUGCCACAGGGAUUCCUUCAGCCGAAUGAGCCUUCGGAAAAUGGAGCUCUAACAUACACAGAUGUGUUCUAUUCAUCUGCAAAGAGCCAUGUAUUCAACACCGAGUGCAAGAUCUAUUGAAAAGUAGGACUUGGAUGUCAUUCUGGAAGCAAUAGCAUUGAUUUACUCCAAGAAUGUGCUCCCAGAUGCAGGCCAUUACAUGUGAGGCUUGUGGCUGUGGUUUCUAACCUUCUGGUAACAUGGUGUCAUCUUAGAAACAAAAAGUUUUAAUGAUUCAAAGGUACAGUACACAUUUACAAUUAUUUAUACCAUAGCUAAUGUUAAAUUUAUUUACUUUUAAGUUCUUAUUUUUUAAUUUAUAUUACCAUUUAUAGAUUCAUUCAUUUUUGAACCAUUUUAAAUGUAGUAAUGCUUAUUUUAAAGGUACUAUUAAAUAUGUGAAUGUUUACACUAAUUUUAACGAGUGGGAUUUUAAUUUCUUUAUAAACAACAGGAAAAAAAAAAACAAAUUGUUCAAAAACUGGUUCUAAACUGGCAUCAAACAGCCCCAAAUUAGGCAAUGGUGCAGAUAACCUACCACAACAAGACCUGUUACGAAUUGCCAAAAACAGUAUUUAAUAAAACGUUCCUGUAAGUGGUUAGAUAGCAGAAAUCUAAUACCAGCACAUGCUAGUGACAACACUUUGAUCUUUAUGAGUUACUUUAUUAGUAUAACUUCAUGAACCAACAGUUUGAACUGAUUUCUGUGCCUCAAAUUAAUCUUAUCAAGCGUUUACUGACUGAACCAUUAACUAGAAAUUUGCUUUAAGGCUUCUUGAUAUCACUAAAGAUAACACCAAGCUGGGGUUCAUUGAUUUUAAUCUAGUAAUUAAAUGAGAAGUCACAUGGUUUUACAAAUGACAUAAAUUAGUUGCUAUCAUCAAAUAAUUAACUUCAGUAUGAAAAAGGUACACAGAAAAAAAAAAUGAAUGUCUUCCACUCCUGGAACAAUUUCCCCAUAUAAAUAUCCAUGGUCUCUGAAAUGUUUGCAACUUUUUUGUGAUACUGUGGCUUACAGAACAGCAACAAUGAUACUGGUCACUUCUGACCUCUAAUUGCUUGAAUUGGCGUUCUUUCAACCCUCUGGGGGAUAUGGGGUGGCAAAGGAGGUAACCAUUAGGGAGAAAACACCUGUCACUUCUCAUGUGGUUACCUGAACUGUUUGACAUCUCGGUGAUAGUAUGAAGGCCUUUUAAGAGUGAUGUGUGAUUUAGUCAUGAAAUACAGGUUAUUUUCUCAUGA